ACAAACAACAAGAACCAAACAAACGUCGGCUCACGGCAUUGACUUUUAGACAUCAUGGCAAACGUGGACGUAUCAAGCAAUCUGGAGCGUCAUGUUGCACGGAGCACUUUUCCUCUCCUCACCCGCACAAAGGUCUGCCGUAACCUAUUCGGACCCGUAGACCAUGAGGAGCUGCACUGUGAGAUGAAACGCAAACUGCAGGAGAUCUCCGAGCGAGACCAGAGCCGGUGGAAUUUUAACUUUGAGACCAACUCGCCUUUGCCUGGAGAUUACGAGUGGGAGGCGAUUUCAGAGGACACUUUGCCAUUUUUCUACAAGGAUAAAGUACAAAACAAGAGAGCUCGUGCCGCGACGUCUGUUAACGCAACAGGAGACGCUUCCAGCACUGUCGACUGCGGGAUUUCCAGGAGUCCGGUAGCUCAAGAAUCCGAGGGAGUCCCAAGUCGACCCAACGAACCCAACCAGGAGAACAUCUCUGGCGCACUAAACUCCAAACCAGCUCGUUCUUCAGUCCUCAGAAACAGACGGAAGAGGUCACUUAUCCCAGAGAGCCCCAGAAACAGCACGCCGCAAAUUACAGACUUCUUCCCAAAAAGAAAGAGGGUCGUGGAGUCGAAGCAGGAUGAACGCAGUUACCUUCAAGCCGGCACAUCCACGAGCAUUGAAGUAACGCCACGUAAAACUAUUAGAUGAUGUUUGCACUAUACAUACAUCAGUCCACCUGUGUUUAUCUGCAGAGCGGAUGAAAGAAAGAAGUGGACGAGACCCUUUCUCUCUGAACUCAUGUAGCAAUAAUGGCUCUGCCAACAGAGACUUUGUUGCAGUGUUACAAUGUCUAAACGGUGCAAUUUUCACUUUUCUUCUGUUAUAAUUGUGUAGAAGGCUAGACCACAGUGCUCUAAACAGUCUAGAGCAAGACGUGUUUGUUUUAUUUUUGAAUAUACUAACUUAUUUUAUUUAUGUUCAUAAUAGUUGGUUACUCUUUAUUAUUUACAGCAAUUGUUAUUAUUAUUUUUAUUGUUUCGGCCAUAUUUUAUGUUGUGUUUUAUUUAAGUUUGGUUUGCAAUUUCAUGCAACGAAUGUUAUUGAGCCUUGUUUGUUAAAAAAUAUAUUCUGUAGCUCACGUUGUACCUUUGAAUCAAAGUGUAAAUUAAAUUAUAUUUUUGCU